UAAAAUUCUGUCAGUGGUAUAAAUUAUACACACUGAGACUCUAUAAGCAAUUAUUAAGGAAUGCUGGAAGUGUUUGAGGUGUAGUAAUCUGUCCUUUUCAAAUCUUUGAAAGCUAUAGUUUUUUUUUUUUUUUAUGCUUUAAAAUAUCUUCCUUAAAAAUGAAGUGUUUACAUUGCAAUGAAAAACAGACCCGUGGAAAUCGAUUAAAAGAACAAAACUACCCAUACCCCACCAUCCUGAUGUAAGAGUUAUUAGAUUGUUAGCACGUUUUCAUCAACUUUGUGAGAUUUACACAAGUAAGCUUAACCCAUCUAAAAACUGUGACUUAGAAACCAAACUGUGUGUCUGCUAGACCCUGUCUUUUUGGACACCCAUAUAAUUGACACCAAUGCUUAGUGCUUUCAAAGGGGCCACCCUCUGUCUGUGUCCAGACAAAGGAGCGAAUGAUUUGGAUGUCCUACUUUGAUUGAUUGCCAGAAGGCCUAGUAUUUAUGUCCACUGAUGAUGCCACAGCUGAUAAUGAUCUUUGGGUUUAGACUUCCUGUGGGGCAGGGUAUAGAGUUUUCUAAGCCAGUGUUUCUCUUUAUAGGACCUUAAACUUGACUGGGGGUGGGGUGGAUAUGGGCUGCUCUUGGAUUUUAUAAUUUAUUGAAAACUCUUUCAUAGUGCUAGCUAGACCUGUCUCAACUGGGGUCAGUGAAGUGAACCAUUAUUUAAACAAAGACCCAGCAGAUCCAAAGCUUCUAUCCUGUUCCCUAAGGAGAUCUACUUUACAAUAUAAUUGAUACCUGCUUUGUGGUUGUUGUUUUUUAAAUCCAGAUUGACAGAAAACUCCCUCCCAACUAAGCAGUACUGCCUCUGACCCACUCAGGCCUGCUGGCAACCUAUCAAUGCAACCACUGUGGAACAUGAAAACCAAUAUUUGGGCUGAGGUGAUAGAGACAGGCUUCUAAAAAUAAUUUUGCUGGGUGAUAUGAAAUCAAAUUUGUGUCCUCUCAGGGCUGGUCUCAGGUAGAAAUCAGGAGUCUUUACCCUCAUAUGCCAGAACCAAGGCAUUAGAGCCACCUUUUUAAGGAUCCAUGCCACUGAGUGUGAGUGUCUUGCUCAAGUCAAAGGAUGCAGGAACUUGACCUAUGUGGUUGCAUUCUGUCCACCUGCUGAACUGUGACCGUGUGGGAUUGAGUGUGAUAUGUUGUGGGAGGGGCAGGCUGAGAUGAAGAGGUUGAUCAGGCUUCAUGUUCCAAAAAGAAUGUCUUUGGUAUCCAACAAGCAGAAGCUUUGUUCAUGCCCCCCUCCUUUUUUUGCAUUUUAAAAAUUGUGGUGAAAAAAUACAUAGCAUAAAGCAUCAGCCUCUGAAAAGAAUAGAGUAUGGCAGCUGAAAGCUGAGGAAGCAAAGCCGAGAUGUUUCUGAUUGAGGGGCUUGUGCCAAAGCUGGACUCUGAGGAGGUGAAAGGGAAGAUGCUCAAGGAUGUGAUCUCCUCCAUAUGGAACUUCCUCAGCUAUGUGGCCCUGCUGCAAGUCACAUCUUUUAGCCUAAAGAAAUUGGAAAGCAUAUGAAGAUGGGCGUCACAUGUGAAUGCAUGAUAUGAGGAGCCCAGUUACAAUUUCUACUCCUAUCUGCAAAUGAAUAGGCACAGAAAGAUGUGAGGGACUCUUUGAUUGAAUGGAUAUAAAAAUUCUACUUGUUAAGAACAAGUUUGGCUCUGGUAACUGACCUUCACAGCUAUAAUUUAAAACUACUUGAGAAGUAAAGACAUUUUGUAGUGAUAGUACACCCAUAUGCCUGUGACAUUCAGCCUGUGUGAAUGUUGAAAUAAUAGUAAGUAAUGUCAAACUCCAUUUUCUAGCAAGUAUUAAUUAUAAGGGAAUUAUGUCUCCAAAAAAUGUGUGUGUGUGUGUGUGUGUGUGUGUGUACACAUACCUGUUUUGAUAGUUAAGUAACAUUACUUUGGGAUGAAUUUAUGAUUUUCUUCAUAAGUUUUUUCUUAUAGAAGUAAUACAGAUAGCUUAGAAAUUGAAAAACAAAACAACCCACAACAACCUAAACACAUCAAUAGCCAUUCUUAGUUUCCUAAUCCAUCUGCUUCAUCAGAUAUUUCUUUCAUACUUUCUCUGAGCAGAUGCUGAAGUUAUGAUGUUGAGUAUUUGAGAUGCCAUCCCUGCUGCUCUCUAAAAAUUUCUCUGAAGGAUGGGUAAGGAAGCAAAAGGAUGAGUAAGGAAAAUGAGGUGGAAAAGUGUACUAAGCCAAGGGAAUAGCUCCUGCAAAGCUCUGGGUGUGAGACAGCCUUUUGAGGAAAUCCACCUAUGACGUCACUGUUCAGGGUGGGGUAGAGAAAAUAGACGUGAGUCGAGGCAGGUGGGAGGAGACCAGAUAAUGCAGUGUAUUCUUUAAGACACGUGCAUAUUUUCUACACAGUUUUAAAGAUAUUUUAUAUCCUACCCACCCUGUGCCCCAACUUAAGAUAUCUCAGAUUCUUGGAAUUGGUUGAUAGACCUUGAAAGUCUACAGAGUAUUGAAUUCUUCAGGAUUCAGUAGAAUAGAGGGGAGAUGAGAAAGGAUAGAGGAGUUGAUUCCUUUCAUGACCAGAUCGCAUCCUUAAGAAUAGAGGAAGUGAAGACAGAGGAAACACACAAAGAGGAGGAGGGAUCCAGUGACAACAUCCCCAGCAUAGGUCUUCCUCUGUUUAGUCUUCUGUAUUGAGGCCUUCCUCAAGAUGUAGAACUACAAAGUCUUAUUUUCUUAAACAUUGAAGCAAGUGAGUCCUAAAGGGUGGAAGAAUGGUAGGACCCCUUCUAUCUUGGACUACAAGUGUCCAACAGUGUUCUCCAUAAAGAAUAUUAAAAAAAACCAUAGGAUUGUAUGAAAGUAGGAGUAAAGUCUAUUAAAAGCUAUGGUUUUCUUAAGACUUAACACCUUUUCAUUCACUACAUCCCUUUGUGUAUUGUUUUCAUGUCAACAUAAAUUUUGUGAGUAUCAUUAAGGGUGCCCAUUACAUUUACUCAGACCUACUGUUGAAAGGAAAAGGCUUAACCAAAACCAUCUGUGCACAGGAAGCUGUUCAGCAUCCUGAUUUUUAAUUUUUUUUAAAGAUGAAAGAAAUUGAUGACACAAAUGGAAAGAUAUACCAUGCUCAUGGAUUUGAAGAAUUAAUAUUGUGAAAAUGUCCAUACUACCCAAAGCAAUCUAUAGACUCAAUGCAAUCCCUAGGAAAAUGCCAAUAGUAUUUUUCAUGGAACUAGAACAGAUAAUCCUAAAAGUUGUAUGGAAUCACAAAAGACUUCAAAUAGGGCAAUCUUGAGAAAGUACAAAGCUGUAGGUAUCACAAUCCCAGAUUUCAAGAUACACUUCAAACUUAUGGUAAUUAAAAUAAGAGGUACUGACACAGAAAUAGACACAUAGAUCAAUGGAACAGGAUAGCGAGCCCAGAAAUAAACCCACACUUAUGUGGCCAAGUAAUCUAUUACAAAGGAGGCAAGAAUAUACAAUAGGGUAAUGAAAAUUUCCUCAAUAAAUGGUGCUGGGAAAACCAGACAGCUACAUGCAAAAGGAUGAAACUGGACCAUUUUCUUACACUAUACACAAAAAUAAACUCAAAAGGGAUUAAGGACAUAAAUGUGAGACUUCAAACCAUAAAACUCUUUAAAGGAAGUAGUAAUCUCUUGGACAUUGACCUUAGCAACAUUUUUCUAAAUAUGUCUCUUGAGACAAAGGAAACAAAGCAAAAGUAAACUAUUGGGACUAUACCAAAAUAAAAAGCUUUUGCACAGCAAAGGAAACCAUCAGCCAAACUAAAAGGCAACCUACUGAAUGGCAUGAGAUACUUGCAAAUGAAAUAGCUAAUAAGGGGUUAAUAUCCAAAAUAUAUAAAGAACUUUCACAACUCAACACCCUCCCAAAAAAAUCAAUUACAAAAUGAGAAGAGGACCUGAAUAGGCAUUUUUCCAAGGAAGACAUGCAGAUGGCCAACAGACAUAUGAAAAGAUGCUCAACAUCAUUAAUCAUAAGGAAAUGCAAAUCAAAACCACAGUGAGAUAUCACCUUACACCUGUCAGUACCAAAACAAUAAGAAAUAACAAGUGUUAGCAAGGAUAUAGAGAAAACGGAACCUUCAUGCACUGUUGGUGGGAAUGUAAUCGGUGCAACCAUUGUGGAAAACAGUAUGGAGGUUCCUCAAAAAAUUAAAAAUAGAAAUACUAUAUGAUCCUGUAAUUCCACUAUUGGGUAUUUACCUAAAGAAAAUACAGACAGUACUUCAAAAAGAUAUAUGCACCUUUAUGUUAUUGCAGUAGCCAAGAUAUGGAAACAACCUAAGUAUCCAUUGAUAAAUGGAUAAAGAAGUUGUGUGUGUGUGUGUGUGUGUGUGUGUGUGUGUGUGUACACACACACAAUGGAGUAUUACUCAGCCAUAAAAAAGAUCUUGCUAUUUGUGACAACAUGGAUGGACCUAGAGGGUAUUAUGCUAAGUGAAAUAAGUCAGAGAAAGAUAAUACUAUAUGAUUUCACUUAGGUGGAAUCUUAAAAACAAGGUGAAUGAACAAACAAGAUGCCAAACAUAAUCAUAAAUACAGAGAACAAACUGAUGGUUGCCAGAGGGGAAGGGGUUGGGGGAUGAGCAAAAUAGGUGAAGGAGAUGAAGAGAAUACAAACUUCCAGUUAUAGAGUGAAUGGGUCACAGGAAUGAGACUUUCGGCAUGGGGUAUAUAGCCAAUAAUAUUGUAAUGGUGUUGUGUGGUGACAGAUGGUAAUUGCACUUCUGGUGAGCAUAGCUUAAUGUAUGGAGUUGUUGAAUCACUAUGUUGUGCACCUGAAACUAAUGUAGCAUUGUAUAUUAACUAUAGUUAAUUUAAAAAAAAAACAAAAACCUCUGUGCACAGCAAGCCUUCUUGGCAUCUUGAUUUUUAAAUUUUAUUUGAAUUGUCAAGAUAAUUAUCUCACUUUAUCCUUACAAAAUUCCCAAGAAGUAACAUAGACAAGGAAACUGAGGAACAAAGAAACUAACACCUAAUGUGUACAGCCAGUUACUGGGAGCACUAGGCUUUAGAACCAAGGUUCUUAGACCAAUAUACAUAUAGACCUACAAUUUGUGUUGGUCUGUUAGACUAACUUAUGCUACAAUUUGUGUCGGUCUGUUAGACUGACGUAUGCUGAAGUAACGCAUUUGUCCCAAAUUUUGGUGGCUUACACAACAAAGGUUUAUUUCUUAACCACAAUCUUUGAUUCAUCCUCUGAGAUCUCCAUGCUGUUCUGACCCCAGGAUCCAGGUCCUCUAUCUGGACCUUGCCAGUCUGGUGGCAGAGGAAAAAGAUAUACUGACCCCUGAACUAUCAAGCUCUUACCAUGGGUCACUUCUACGUGAAUUUCAUUGGCUAAAGUAAAUUUUCACUCCUAAAUUCAGCAAGAUGGUGAUGGAUAAUCCUUCUGCAAAGAGUGGCUCUGCCAGUCAAUUGACCAAGACUUGAGGGCCCUGGAAUGAGGAUUUAAUUCCCCAUCCUGGGCUGGGGUGGGGGUGAUUAUUUUGAAUAGUAACAGUUCACCAUACUGUCCUAGUCAGGGAAUCUACAAUGGAGCCAAGGGUCCUAGUCAGGGAAUCUGCUACGGAGCCAAGGGUCCUCAUUAUUUUUGAAAAGUCUUUCCCAGUCUGUAAUGAUUUUUCCCACUCUCUGUCCUGUUCUGAUUCUAGUUGGACAUGGUAGAAUGCUGAGGAAUAGUGUGUGUGUGUGUGUGUGUGUGUGUGUGUGUGUGUGUGUGUUAAGCAGCCAGAAUGAGUUGAAGGCAGAGGAUGUGAUUAUUCCUAUUGUUCACUCACCGUGAGUUUGCAGUAGCAUCCUAACUAAGUAAGGGAUGGGUGGUGACCUUCUGAAAGACCUUCUGUGCUGUUCUCUGGUGGCCCCAACUCUGGGACUGUACUCUCUGGGAAAUGGUUUUGAGGCCAUUAGGACUUCCAGCUGCUUGACAGAAUUAUUUCCCUUGGGAUGGUUCCAAAUCUGUCCUUUCCCAGCCCAUCUGUUCCUAAAUGCAGAUGCAUCAGAUGGCACCCUUCUCUUUCUUGCUUUGUUUUCUCUCACUGAGAGGCAGUAGUACUAUAUCACAUUUGGAUUAUGAACAUAGGCUCUACAGUCAGACUGCUUGGGUUCUAGGGUAUCGGCUCUGCCAUUUAACCAUCUCUGUGAUCUUAGGCAAGUUACAUACCUUGUGUACAUCUCAUGCGUCAGCUAUAAAAUAAUAAUGGUACCUUCCUCAAAGAUUUGUAGGAUUAAAUAAGUUAAGACAUACAAAGUGCUUUCAGUGAUGUGUGAAACAUUCAUCCUCAAUAAAAAGGAAAUAAAUAUGGAACUAAUAAUGACUUUAUACCAAAGACUGGGCUCCAGCCAGAACUGCCAACCCACCGCACCCCACCCCAGCAGGAAGUGAGCAUUUGCCCCUUCUCUCACACACCUAAAAUGCAGUCUUCCCUUUUUCUAAUCAGAGCACACCUCUGAGGCAUAGAUCCAAUAUACUGUCUGCUCGAAGCCUUGACUCGCCAUCCAAGUUUUGGUAAUUUUUCUGUCUCUGAAUUCCUGCAGCAGUGAUUGCCUGCAAUGCUCGUGUGUCACCUUUAUGGUGUUCUGGAGUCUCCACCCCAACCCUCACCACUCCUUUCUUCAAGACCCUAUUUAAAAUAAAUAGGAAUGGGGCACCUGGGUGGCUCAGUUGGUUGGGCAUCUGACUUCAGCUCAGGUCAUGAUCUCGUGGUUUGUGGGUUGAGGCCCUGUGUCCAGCUCUAGGCUGACAGCUUAGAGCCUGGAGCCUGUUUUGGAUUCUGUGUCUCCCUCUCUUUCUGCUUCUAGCAUGGUUGUGUUCUCUUUCUCUCAAAAAUAAAUAAACAUACAUACAUACAUACAUACAUAAACAGGAAUGAUCAAAUAUAGCUGUGAAUGUUUUUAAAAAAAAUCUCUCAGGGGUGCCUGGGUGGCUCAGUCAGUGGAGCACCUAACUUUAGCUCAUGUCAUGAUCUCCUGGUUGGUGGGUUAGAGCCCAAUGUGGGGGCUCUGUGCUGUCAGCUCAGAGCCUGGAGCCAUGAUUCAGAUUCUGUGUCUCCCUCUCCUUUUGCUCCUCCUCCACUCACUCUCUGUCUCUGUCUCUGAAAAAUAAACAUU